AUGGAAGAUACUGAAUCAAUAAAUGAAUGGGUAGCCCGCAUUCAGGACCUGGCUUCCCAUUGCCUGCUAUAUUGUUUCGUAAGAGAUUGGGGUGGUGGAGCCGGAGCAGGAGGUGGUGCUUUGGGCUUAUCAUCAUCAACUCUGCUUUUGAAAAACUUUUUUGGCUUCACAGAUGUUGGGGAUGUUGAACCUGAAUUAAAACCAGAACAACAAGAGGCAAGCGCUCCUGAAGAUUGGCCUGCGCCCCCAAUGCGCUCCUCUAGAUCGGUGCCCUGGUUACCCCAUCCUAAGGCCGUCACUGACUGAACAGUUUAAACGUGUUAAAUAUCAGGGAGCCCAUUCGGAUGAGAACGGAAUCAUCGACAAUGAAAUUAAAUAGAGAGUGA